ACAGCCAUGCGCCACUUGGCAGCGUUGUUGUGGUCGUCUGUCGCGUGUGUUAUAAGUAAGUGACUUCUACUGACUAGUUAAUAAUAUUGAGGGGUUUAUUCGCUAAAGUUUGCAGUGAAUUAUGUGUCAGAGCUGCGCAGGGUGGCGGUGAGUUCAGCGGCGGAGCCUCUUCCUCCUUCUGUCUGUGAGUGUGACCAGAGAAGUGCCAUGUAGUGAGGAAGAAGAAUGAGCAGUCAGCAGCACACUCCAGCAGAAGGGACUGAGGACUACACGGUCCAGCAAGAAAAUGAGCUAGAAGCUCUCGCGUCUAUCUUUGGAGAUGAUUUCCAGGAUCUACGCAGCAAGGAUCCAUGGAAGGUUAAAAGGCCUCCUCAGGUGCACCUCUGCCUGCGGCCCAACUGGCUGAACAAUGGACAGGAAUGCUACGUGACUGUGGACUUGCAGGUUAAAUGCCCGCCCACAUACCCAGAUGCGCCUCCGGAACUGGAACUGAAUAAUGCCAAAGGUCUGUCGAACGAAAACCUCCUGAAUCUACAGAGUGAACUCACCAAGCUGGCGGGAGCACGAUGUGGGGAGGUGAUGAUUUAUGAACUGGCAGACUACAUCCAGGGCUUUCUGAGCGAGCACAACAAGCCUCCACCAAGCUCCUUCCAUGAGGAGAUGCUGAAGAACCUGCAGAGACAGCAGGAUAUACGAGAUCAGGAGGAGAAGCAGAAAAUGGACCAGCGGCGCAAACAGGAGGAGGAGAUGCAAAAAGAGAUCAUGGCUGUUAUCCAAAAAAGAGAGGAGGAGAAACGAGAAGAAAAGAGAAGAAAGGAGAUUGCCAAACAGGUGUCUGAGCGACUUGAUAGUAUGGAUCAGCCAGUCCCUGCUCACUCCCCACUGUUAGGGAAGAGCCCACCCAGCUCCAGCGGAGUUCCUCCUGAACUGAUAGAAGGCAAGAGAUCUGCCAGUAACCGCCGCCGGACUACCUCCAGUACGCGUCACAGACGUGACACAGUUAAUGAAGACAUCCCUCGCUCGCAAGAGCUUCUUCACUUCUUCAGCAGCGCGUUUGGAGAUCUCGUUGUUCACAGAGGGAAGAGCUUAGGUGUAAGCGAGAGGCUCCGCCGUGAAGUUUAUUAUGGAUUUGAGGCAAACUCCGGAGAUUUUGCUGUGAUCUAUGAGUGGUCGCUUCAAUGGAACAAGAAGAUGGGCAACUUUCUAACCAGCCAGGAGAAAGGAAGGAUUGAAAACUGCAAAAAGCAGAUCCACGGUGCAGAAAACGAGUUCAACUCCCUCUUGCGGCUUGAUCAUCCAAACUUGAUGCGCUACAUGGCGCUGAGCUCUACUGAGAAAGAGGACUGCCUCAUGGUUAACCUGCUGGUGGAGCAUGUGCCUGGCGUCAAUCUGACCCAAAGCCUUGUCACACAAACCCCAAUCCCUUUGGACAAACUGUGCCACUACACGGCUCAGUUGCUGGCUGCCCUGGACUACCUUCACUCGAAUUCCGUGGUCCACAAACAGCUAGGGGCCUCCAGUGUGCUGGUGGACUCCGAGGGUAACGUACGACUGACGGAUUACAGCUUAUCCAAAAGAUUUGCUGAUAUCUGUAAAGAAGACAUUUUCGAGCAAGCCCAUGUGCGAUUCUCAGAGGAUACGGCGAUGCCAACAAAAACGGGCAAAAAAGGGGACGUGUGGAACUUGGGGCUGAUGCUUCUGGCUCUAAGUCAGGGGAAGGAGGUGCAGGAGUAUCCAGUGACAGUGCCAGCAAGCCUGCCUGCUGACUUCCAGGAUUUCGUUCAUAAGUGUGUGUGCCUGAAUGACGCUGAUCGCUGGACAACUCAGCAGCUUUUAGAACACUCCUUCCUCAAGCCUCCUUCGCCCAAAGACCUGCCACAGCACCGGGUUGACAGCCCAGAAGAUCCUGUUGUGGACUUUCCAUCAUCAGUCAUCCCGCAGAGCCACAUCCUCAACGCUCCGUUCAGCACCGGGGUGCUGAGGCAGUUUUCCCGCUAUUUCAAUGAGUUUGAGGAACUCCAGCUCCUUGGAAAGGGAGCCUUUGGUGCUGUAAUUAAGGUUCAGAAUAACCUUGACGGUUGCUACUACGCUGUGAAGCGCAUCCAGGUCAACCCAGCUAGCAAACAGUUCAGGCGAAUCAAGGGCGAGGUGACGCUUCUUUCGCGCCUCAACCAUGAGAAUAUCGUGCGCUACUACAAUGCGUGGAUCGAGCGGCAUGAGACGCCCUCGGGAGGCAUGCUGAGCAACACCGACAGCUCUGAGCCUUGGAGCUCCAGUGACAAGCCCCUGCAGCGCAAAGAGCCUCCGAAGCCCAUCAACGAGCUGGGCCUCGCCGAUAACGUGGAGGACGCUGCACCGCCUCCGGCCCUGUCCAGCUCCGUGGAGUGGUCCACUUCUAUCGAGAGGUCCUCCAGCGCCAAAUGUAGCAGGCACCAGUCGAGUGAUGAAGAGGAUGAUGAGGACGAUGAAGAAGAUGUUUUUGGUGCAUCUUUUUUACCGUCAGACAGUGACUCAAGUAGCGACAUCAUCUUUGACAAUGGAGAUGAAAGCACAGACGAUAUGUCCCAGGUUGAGCUAAGCAAAAGGGCUGUAACAGAUGCAGGGGAAAGCACAGACUCGGACCGGCCCCUCCUCAUAGCACAUCACUUGUACAUUCAAAUGGAAUACUGUGAAAAAAGCACAUUAAGGGACACAAUAGAUCAAGGCCUGCACCAGGACCCGAAUCGGUUAUGGAGACUCUUCAGGGAAAUACUGGAUGGGCUUGCUUACAUCCACGAGCAGGGCAUGAUUCACAGGGACUUGAAGCCUGUCAACAUCUUCCUCGACUCACAGGACCACGUAAAGAUUGGAGACUUUGGCCUGGCUACGGACCACCCUGCUAAUGUGGCUGCAGGCACAUUUGAAGUGGAGGAGAGCGGGUCAGCAGUAAUGCCCAAACCAGACCCAACAGGUAACAUGACAGGCAUGGUUGGUACUGCGCUGUACGUCAGUCCAGAGGUUCAAGGACACACCAAAGCCACCUACAACCAAAAAGUUGACCUUUUUAGCCUGGGCAUCAUCCUGUUUGAGAUGUCCUACCGUCCCAUGACAACUGGAUCCGAGCGCAUCUCUGUCCUGAGCCAGCUGCGUGCGGAGCUCAUGAUCUUUCCUGAGGAUUUUACUGAUUAUGAGCAGGGAACACAGAGGAAAGUGAUAGAGUGGCUGUUGAACCACGACCAGGCCCUGCGGCCCACCGCCCAGGAGCUGCUGAAGAGUGAGCUGCUGCCUCCCCCACAGAUGGAGGAGUCUGAGCUGCACGAGGUGCUGCAGCACACCAUGGCCAAUAUCAACGGCAAAGCCUACCGCACCAUGGUGGGCCAGCUGUUCGCCCAGAACACCUCCCCGGUCAUGGAUUAUACCUACGACAUAGACCUGCACAAGGGCAGCUUCAGCUUAAACAGUGCCAAAUUGCAGCAGCAUGUUUACGAAACAAUCACCAGGAUCUUCAAGAAGCAUGGUGCGGUUCGCCUCCAGACACCGAUGCUCCUCCCCAGGAACAGGAAGUUGUAUGAUGGCAGCGAGCUGGCCUGCUUCAUGGAUCACAGUGGAAUGCUGGUCACACUGCCCUACGACCUUCGCAUGGCGUUUUCAAGAUACGUCGCUCGCAAUAACAUAACGCACCUGAAGAGGUACAGCAUCGAGCGUGUUUUCCGUCCCAGGAAGCUGGAUCGGGCGCAUCCAAGGGAGCUUCUGGAGUGCGCCUUUGACAUCAUCACCCCUGUGACUAACAGCCUGCUGCCUGAUGCUGAGACCAUCUACACCAUCUCUGAAAUAGUCCAGGAAUUCCCCGUGCUUCAGGAGAGGAACUACAACAUCUACCUGAACCACACCAGCUUGUUGAAGGCCAUCUUGCUCCACAGCGGAGUCCCUGAGGACAAACUGAGCCAGGCCUCCACCAUACUGUGUGAAGCCAUGAGUGAAAAGCUGACCAAACGUGAGGUGGAGGCAAAGUUCUGUAACUUCUCCCUGUCGACCAACAGCUUGCAGACGCUGUACAAGUACAUAGAGCAGAAGGGGAAUCUGCAGGAUCUGGCACCACUGCUGACAUCACUCACCAAACAGAAGACUGCCGUCACCCAGCUGGCCAAGCAGGGCCUCAAGGACCUGGAGGAGCUCACAGUGCUGCUGCGGAAACUGGGAGUGAAACUGCCGGUGGUGGUUAACUUAGGCUUGGUAUACAAGGUGCAGCAUCAUUCUGGGAUCAUUUUCCAGUUUGUGGCUUUCAUCAGGAAGCGCAAGCGAACUGUGCCGGACAUAGUGGCAGCUGGAGGACGCUACGACCACCUGAUCCUGGAGUUUCGUGGGCCAGCUUCCACGGUGCCGGUGCCUUCUGCAGUGGGGGCCAGUGUGGCCCUGGACAAAGUCUGCGCUGCUAUAGCCAACAUGGAGGAGCCGCCCUCGGUAAGCUCCUGCGAUGUGCUGGUGGUUCCAGUGGGAUACUCUUCGAUGUCCAGAGCCAUCAAUGUUGUCCAGAAGCUGUGGAGCAAUGGUGUCUCUGCAGACAUCGCCUACGACGUCUCACAGACUCAGGAGACGUUGAUGGAGCACUGCAGGCUGGCCGGCAUCAGCUGCAUAGCCCUGGUCUCUGACAAGGAGGGAAACUAUGUGAAGGUCAAGUCCUUUGAGAAAGACAGGCAGUCUGAGAAACGGAUUUCUGAGAUGGACUUGGUGGACCACAUCAUUCAGAAAUGUCGAACCAAAUUCUUAGAGGACAGAAACAUCAGAGAAAUCUCUGAAAGCAUGUCUCAGAACCCUAAAGGAUCGCUGCUCAACACCACAGGAUCUUCAGAACAACAUGGGAGCAGCAGCAGCAUGAACAUGAAUGUGAAUGUCAUCAGCCCGGACAAAGUUUCUUCUAGUACUCGACGACGCUAUGAGACUCAGAUCCAAACCAGAUUACAAAAUCUCGGUAGCAAUUUGCAGAACAAGACCAAUGACAUCGAGGUUCUGGCAGUGGACCUGAACAAGGAAACGCUGGUCAACUUCCUGUCUCUGGAGUUUGAUAGCGAAGACCAGUUCAACAGCAGCGUGAAGACUCUGCUGUCUCGUCUACCCAAGCAGCGCUACCUUAAGUCCAUCUGCGAUGAGAUACACCAUUUCAAAAUUACCAAAAAGCUGGCCGUGGUGGUCUUGUACAGCUACAAGGACGACUAUUACAAGAUCCUUCUCUGAAAUCCCAGGGGUUGCCCCCCAAGACUAUUUUCAUCUUUGGACCUACAGAACUUGUUUCAAGACGGACUCGUAUCUUUUCUUUUUGGAAAGCAGGAGCCCAAAAAGACGUGUUUACCAUGUUGAAUGGUAAUUCAAAGUCCUUAACUUGCCAGUGUUUUGUAGACUCUCAGAUAGAGUCUGGACUCUAUUGCCUUAACAGAAUUAUAGAAGUCGAAAGAUAGAUUUUUACUGAACAUUUUGUGAAGGCAACAAUUUUACUUUUUCUAAUCGGCAACAAGUUGAAUAGUAGGAAUAAAUGACCUUUUCCCACACAGAGCUGAUAUUUUGUGUCUAUUUUAAUACACAUGUGAGUUCAACACA